UUCGAAAAGUGGCCUGACAGUCCGUAUUAGACGUUUGCCAAGAUAGAACCGAAACAGUUUAUUACUUUUGUUUUGAACUUUGAACACUGAGCUGUCUAGGCCAGAAUGACUGAUUGCACAGUUUGUCAGUUUGCCGGAUUAAUCGUGCGAUACUACCUUUACGCAUGGCUCGUAGCAAUCGGAAUUUGGAUCCUGUUGAUUGUGGCUACCAAAGUAGGCGCAGAUGGAAAUAAAUUCAAGUACUACGCAAAAUAUGGAAUGAUUUAUUUUGCGACUCAGGCCUUUACUACACUCUAUGUACCGAUUUCGUUGCUAAGGCCACGGAAUCCAGCAAAUGCUCGAAUAAUUUCAACCAUCGUUUCGCACGCGUCAUCACUUCUACCGAUAACUUGGGAAUUGCGAAAUGCUGAAAUUUUGAAGCAAGCCAAAGGAGCAGUAGUGAUGGCCAAUCAUCAGUCGUCAAUGGAUAUUUUGGGUCUUAUGACACUCUGGAGCACCCUGCGAAAUGUUAUUUCGAUCGCCAAGAAGGAAAUGGUUUACAUUCUUCCUUUCGGUCCAUCGGUUUGGCUGGCCGGAAUAACCUUCAUCAAUCGUCAGAACCGUGUAUCGGCCAUGAAAACAUUGGACGGCUGUAAGCGCGACAUGAUCGAGAAAGGUUACAAAAUGUAUCUCUACCCGGAGGGAACCAGAUAUCCGGAACGGGGUAUGUUACCCUUCAAGAAGGGUGGUUUCCACACGGCCAUACAGGCCGGUGUUCCCAUCAUUCCGGUGGUGUUCUCCCAUAUGUACUUCAUCGAGUCGAAGAAGUAUAUUUUCAAACCGGGUCACGUAAUUAUCAACGUGUUGGAACCGAUUCCUACCAAAGGGGUGAAUAAGGAUAAUCUAGAUGAAUUGAUUGAGCGGACCCGGACUGCUAUGUUUAAUGAAUACGAGAAACUGUCGGCCGAAAUGGAUGCCAACCUAGCCGAUCCAAGAUGGCUACGAAGCAAAUGCCCAAGGUUAACUAUUUAUGAUGGCGAUAAAAAGUCAAAGUAGGUUAAUUUGUGAUGGACGGGAAUUCGCUUUGCUACUUCUGCCGUUUAAGUAGUCUUACCAAUAAUAAUAAUAAUAAGGAUUUGAAGCGGUUACAGAUGAUGGUUCAAUUUAAGUUAUAUAGUUCU